AGCACACCCUACUUUAGAGUCCUUCUUCCAGGACGACAAGAAGCCGAGUUUCUGCCCACGAGUCGACUUGCAGAUACUUUGGCUCUUGGAUCCAGAGUCUCUUGCCCUCUUUCCCUCGUAAUUGCCUCGGAUCCGGCGCCCUCUCUCCCUCUCUCUCUUUCUGCUUAACAUGGGUCUCAUCCAAGAUCUGGGAGGCCCGCUGGCCGAGGGGUUCUCGCGCCUCGGGCUGGCGUCGCAAAUCGGUGUCGCGGUUGGGGGGUUCGUGCUCCUGUCCGUCAUCCUCAAUGUGCUCAACCAGGUGCUCUUCAAGAAUCCCAAUGAGCCGCCCGUCGUCUUCCACUGGUUCCCCUUCAUCGGCAGCACCAUCACCUACGGCAUGGACCCGCCGCGCUUCUUCAAAGAGAACAGGGCGAAGUACGGUGAUUGCUUCACCUUCAUCCUGCUCGGCAAGAAGACGACCGUCUACGUCGGCCCCAAGGGCAAUGACUUCAUCCUGAACGGCAAGAUCCGCGACGUCUGCGCCGAGGAGAUCUACACGGUGCUCACGACGCCCGUUUUUGGCAAGGACGUUGUCUAUGACUGCCCGAACUCGAAGCUCAUGGAGCAAAAGAAGUUCAUGAAGAUCGCCCUGACGACGGAGGCAUUCCGCUCCUACGUGCCUAUCAUCUCGGAUGAGGUCAAGAGCUACUUCAAGAGGUCUCCCGAUUUCAAGGGCCAGUCGGGUAUCGUCAACAUCUGCCCCAAGAUGGCCCAGAUCACCAUCUUCACCGCCUCCCACGCGCUGCAGGGCAAGGAGAUCCGCGAUAAGUUCGACGAGACGCUGGCCGACCUCUACCACGACCUCGACAUGGGUUUCACGCCCAUCAACUUCAUGCUGCACUGGGCCCCGCUCCCGUGGAACAAGCGGCGCGACCACGCCCAGAGGACAGUGGCCAAGAUCUACAUGGACACGAUCAAGGCUCGCCGUGAGCGCGGCGAGACGGGGGCGCAGGAUAUCAUGUACCACCUGAUGAACUCGACGUACAAGAACGGCGUCCGGGUGCCGGACCACGAGAUUGCUCACAUGAUGAUUGCGCUCCUGAUGGCCGGCCAGCACUCGUCGUCGUCGACCAGCUCGUGGAUCAUGCUCCGCCUGGCUUCCCGCCCGGACAUAAUGGAGGAACUCUACCAGGAGCAAAUCAAGAACCUCGGCCCGGACCUGCCGCCGCUGACGUACGAGGAUCUGGCCAAGCUGCCGCUCAACCAGGCCAUCGUCAAGGAGACGCUCCGCCUGCACGCGCCGAUCCACUCCAUCAUGCGGGCCGUCAAGCAGCCGAUGCCGGUGCCGGGCACCAAGUACGUCAUCCCCAACAACCACGUCCUCCUGGCCGCGCCGGGCGUCUCGGCCUCGGACGAGCAGUACUUCCCGCAGCCGGACCUCUGGGAGCCGCACCGGUGGGAGAAGGACCACCCGCUGGCGCCCAGCAUGGUGCGCAACCCGGACGAGGAGGAGGAGGAGAAGGUCGACUACGGCUACGGCCUGGUCAGCAAGGGUGCAGCCUCGCCGUACCUGCCCUUCGGCGCCGGCCGCCACCGCUGCAUCGGCGAGAACUUUGCCAAUCUGCAACUGCAGACCAUCAUCGCCGAGACGGUGCGCAUGUUCAAGUUCCGCAACGUGGACGGGAGCGACAAGGUCAUUGGCACCGACUACGCCUCGCUCUUCUCGCGGCCGCUGGAGCCGGCCAACAUCUACUGGGAGAAGAGGGACAAGCAGUAGAUGGAACAAAAGAGAGGUUUUCGGCUGUGUGUGCGUGCGUCUGGGUGCGCACCCCACGCGAGAGAGAGAAAGAGAGAGGGGUUGGGGUGCGUAGGAGAGCUGAAACGAAGAAUGAUUGCUUCUGCGGCGUUGGUUAUUAGGAGGAAAAUGCUGUUGUAUAUAUAGGGGACACGAUUCAUGGAACGACAGGACCGGCGGCUAGCAUGACUGAUGUGCGCCAUCAUUAGACGGAUAAUAUUAAUACUCGUCCACUAC